CACAGGUAGAAAAGCAUAACUUAUAGCUAUUGUACCGAUGAAUUAGUUUCUGUAAAGUGGCGCUGUUGUCAACGUCGGCGCGAUAGCUCUGAGGCUAUCUUACCGAUAGUCGGUGUAAUAGACACUGCCAACAAAUAAAUAGUGGUUGUCAAUAUUCCAUCUUUUUAAAAAGUAAAGAAUUAAUUAUAAUCAAUAAGAUGUCAAGCAUUGUAAAGUCUAUAAAAAUUACUGAAAAUAAGAAGCGUAAAGUUAUCGAAGGACAUGGAAAUGGUGCAAAAAAACGUCAAGACAUAGGAGAUACUCUUACUAUAGUUCCUGUAAUAGAAGAGAAAUACAUUGAAACAGUUAUAACAGAAAAAAUGUUUAUUGGAAAAAUUAUAUCAAAAAAAGAAACGUCCCGCCUUGUAAAAGAGUUGAGUGAUGCUUUUCCUUUGGAAGAAAAAUCCCAUUUAAAGAGAGUCAAAUGGACUGAUGAAAAAGAUAUAUUUGAAAUUAUUAUUCGACCAUUGCUACCAAAUGAGCCUGUUGAAGGUGUUCUGUCUUUUUCUCUUAAAUAUGUUCUCGGAGAGUCCCACGUAAACACGAAUGGUUUAUCAGAUACAGUGAUUGUACGUGAUAUACCUAAAACACCAGCUUGGACCUAUAGUCAAUUUAAAGAAGCAGUAAAAUUCUGGCCUGUACAGUUUAGAGAAAAUAAAUAUAUUGAAAGAGCAUUGAAGGAUCAAUUAUUCUCUAGUGAAGAAAGAUCUAAUAUACAGAUGUAUAUGGAGAUGUGUCUUAGAGUAGGGAAGAAUGGUGAUGAAAAUGUUGGAUGUGUAAUUGUUGAUCCUGUUAAUUCAAAUGUUGUAGCUGUUUCACACGAUUGUAGACAUCAACACCCUCUUCAACACGCAGUAAUGGUUGCUAUUGAAUUAGUUGCAAAAGGACAAGGUGGAGUUGAAUCUUGGAACAUAAACAGUGAGCAUGUUCUUUCUUUAACUUAUGAUAAAGCUGAUGAAGAGAAAAAAAUUGCUGAACUAACCCUCUUAAAAUCUAAAGAUGUUAAAUCAUCCCUUCCGUAUUUAUGCACAAAAUAUGACCUUUAUGUUUCAAGAGAGCCAUGCAUUAUGUGUGCAAUGGCAUUAGUUCAUUCAAGAAUUCAUAGAGUGUUUUAUGCUACUGAAACUUCCUGUGGAGCAUUGGGUAGUCACUGGAAAUUACAUUUACAAAAUGGACUCAAUCAUCAUUAUGAAGUUUUUAAAGUUAUCCUACCUCAAAAUACUCUGAAUGCAACAUAAAAAAAAUUCUGUGAUUUUUAAUGUUUUUAGAAUGUAUAUUUUUUAAUAAAUAUUUAUAAAUGUUUU